UUCACGUAACGUUAUGUAUGCGUGUUGCAAAGUGUACGGCCUUCAGCGGAGCCAUAAAUAGGGAUGCGUCCGAGCGAAGAUAUCAUUUGCUCUUUAAUUUCAUUUAGAAAACGCGGCACUUAUGUAGGCUACUGUGUAUGGAAAGGCUUGCAGAAAACAAAUAAGACGUUUUCACCAUCAUCUUAAAGAAUCUGUAGAUUCGGAGUUUCGUUUGUCAGCUCUAUGACCGACAUACAUCGUAAACACCGGAUUGCUAAAGAUCUUUAGUUCCGUUUACUUCGUUAUGUGAUUCUAUAAGCUAAUUCUUAAUUAUUAAAGGUGUUUUAUCAAAUGUCUGUAUACAAAUUAUUUUUGAAACCGGACAUUUCACGCAAUGUGAUUUAUCUCCGUUCCCCGGAUGAUAUCGUUGCUAUGACGACAACCUUCCUCCCGCAAGGGCAGCAGGGCUGACGGGGGCAGCUGGGAACUUGCUGUGCUGUACAGAGAAUAGGGGUCACAAUGAUCCAAAAAUAAAAUUAGUACUUAUUAUUAAAAUACUGAUGAAAAUCAUUGAUGUUUUGGAUUCACUUUAUAUUAUUAGGUCAGUCUUUACAUUUAAAUGAAUCAUUUGAAUUUGAUACAAAACAUACACAUACACAAUACAUGUUUUUACAUUGUACUUACAUUUUAAAAAAUACAUGCAUGUAAUUCAAAUUUGUAAUUUUAUUUCUGUAGUUACACAUACAAUUACACUGUAAAACAAUAGCAAAGGGGUUUUCAGUACAACAUGUACACAGUAAGUGGGCUACUCUUUUUGUAACACAAGUACAAGAUAGUUAAGGCACCUAAUAUAAAGUUUGACCAAGGUUUUUCUCUCCGACUUCUGGCUGUCGUACUCUGCCUAUUGUACUGCUGUGGAGGGCUGUACUGAAAGAGUCAUUGUUGUGAUCAGAACAAUCGAUGGUGAAGUCACUGCUGGUUUGGCUUUGGCACGAAUAACAUUGCUCCAUGUAUGACUAUGCCAUAUUAUGCGUUAAAUUAAAUUAGAUUUCGUGUAGCUGUGUGAACACUGUAAAUGAUACAGUAUAUCUUCUUUCUAAAAUGAUGGCAACAGAAUACAAUAAAUAUUAUUAAUUAAAUAUGAUUAUGUUUGGAAGUCACCUGUCCAGCGUAUUUCUGUGCCUGCGGCCCCAGACACUGGAUUAUGUUCCAGCAUUCCCAUGACAAUAAGCAGAAGAUAGACUGAUAUUUAGAAUUGAGUAUUCAAACAAAGAAAUAAAAAUAUAAUUGGAAUUAAAGGGGUCAUGAACUGAGAAACCAAAAUUCCUUUGAUCUUUUGACAUAUAUGAGGUCAUUGUAUAAAAAGCAUCCUGUAAGCUUCAGAACUCAAAACUUUCUUGUUAGUCUAAAAACAGCUUAUAUUGAAGCCAGUCUGCCAAAAAGCCAGCUUGUGGAAUAUACAACUCUAUGAUGUAAUAGUGUGGCUAAAAAAAUAUCAACGCCUGCUUCUACAGCGCUGCCUGUUUAAUCCCGCCCACUGAUUCACACAUGCAGUGUUUACGAGAGAGGCGAACGCUCAGGUCUACGCAGAAACCAAACGAUAAAGACGGGUCUGAAGACAACAAGACGCUGUGCAGUGCCAAGCAGUGGAAAUCGUUUGAUAUGAGUAUUAUUGUGUUUUUAACCUAAAUCACAUCAGCGUCCAUCUGUGAAGGACGUAGGCUGUCAAACAUACACAACCGUUAGACAAUCAUAGCAGUUUACUAGGCAUAGGCAUUUACUUCUGAGUCUACAAUCCACCACGCCUAUUCAAACAGAGUGUUCUGGGGGGGGACAAGUUAUGAUGUCUUUUGUGAUGUAAAAAUCUUGAUAAGAUAAGUGGACCUCAGAGAACGCUACAAAAUAAAAAACAGAGGCAGUUCAUGACCCUUUUAAAAGAACUAUCAUGCUUAUAAAGAAGUAGUAACUAAUUUUUGUAAUUGUAAUGUUUACAUAAUUAGGUUAAGUAACUUUUAUGAAAUUUAUGUCUGAUGAUAUUUGUUCCUUCUAUUUACUUCAUUUUUCCCAAUAUUAGGUACUUCCCAGGGUAAAUGCAGGUGGAACUACCUUUCAAAAAUGUGAUUCAUUAUAUAACCCAGAUUUGAUUCCAAAAAGCCCCAUUUAAUAUAUUUUGCCUAAAAAUAUUUAUUGCAAGAAGGCAGGUGACAUUCGUUCCUACAAAAUAUUUUAAAGAUAAUUAUUAUGUUAACAGCAUGACAAAAUAAUAUCAUGUUGUGUAAUACAGUAAACUCAUAUAUAAAACAUUGUGUACUGUAAUGUAUGUCACUCAGUUGGAAGCAGUUAUAUUCAUGACCUUUCUAAGGAAAGUACAGGAAGUACCUGUAGUUAAGUAGAAAAUGCUUUAGUCAUUUAUCGGAAAGAUUCAGUUGAUCCACACAGUUCAACGGAACACACUCAUCAUAUCAUCAUUGGCUAUUACCUCACCAGUGCUUCUAGCAACAGCUUUUAAUGAGUAGACUUAGUGUAUUAAAUAUUUCAAAUUUUCAAAGAUUUUAUAUCUUAUCUUUGUAUCUGAAUUAUUAUUUAUUUUUUUUAAUAUACAAUGUCUUAGCAUGGACAAAUGUAAAGAAAUUCUCUUUGAUGUUGAUUGGGGUAAUGCUUUACCGAUAGAUUACCUUGUGAAACCAAUCUUUUGUGAAAAGGAACCAAUAUCUUGUGAAAAGGAAGUGCACUUAAUUGUAUUGACUGUGGACUUGUAGUGUACUUGCAGAUAAUAUAAUUAUACAAAAUAAUUGCCACUUAAAUGCACUUAAAGAGAGUGUGUUUUCAUGAUCAUGUUUCUUAGCACAUUUAAGUACACUUUUAAAUAGUUCACUUUGUAAAAAUGUCAAAUUAAAGGAGUCAUAUGAUGCGAUUCCUAUUUUUCCUCUUCUUUAGUGUGAUAUGUAGCUGUUUGUGCAUGUAUAAGAUCUGCAGAGUUACAAAGCUCAAAGUCUCCCACAAAAGGAUUUAUUCUAUCUAAAAGAGAAGGCUGAUCCAGACCAGGCUAAAACGCCUCAUUAAAACACGCCCCCACAUGUCUACGUCACGAUGUGGAAAUAUUUGCGUAAUGCCGCCCAAAUGUUCAGGCAAAGAAAGAAGGCGUGGUUUCAGUAACCGCGCUUCUGAAUCAGUGACUCUGAAGCUUGCGAUUAUGGAAAGGGGCGUUACUUUUCCAACGUGUGCUUGUGGUGUUCGGCCAAUCACAAUGCACUGGGUCAGCUGGCCAAUCAGACCAGACUGUGCUUGUCGGAAGGAGGGGCUUUGUAGAAAACGACGCGUUUGAGAGAGGAGGGGCAUAGAGGAACUACAAUAAUUUGAACUUAAUGAAAUAAGAAGACACUUUCUUGGAAACAGAUGAAAUCAACUGGAAAAAUCCAUAUGGAAUCAGUGGUGUUCUCCAGGUUUUCAGUGAAGACACUGCUAGAGAAGUACACAGCGGAGCCCAUCGAUGACUCGUCUGAGGAGUUCAUUAACUUUGCUGCUAUUCUGGAACACAUCCUCAGCCACCGCUUUAAAGGCUCUGGCAGCUGGUUUGAUGGUCAGCGCAGUUUUUGGGACUUCAUCCGUCUGGCCUGCAGUAAAGUUCCCAAUAACUGCAUAAGCAGCAUUGAGAACAUGGAGAACAUCAAUUCCUCACGAGCUAAGGGCAGAGCAUGGCUACGGGUUGCACUGAUGGAGAAACGGCUUUCUGAAUACAUCGCCACAGCUUUGCGAGAUAGCCGCACCACCAGGAGGUUCUACGAUGAAGGUGCCAUAAUGUUGCGAGAAGAAGCAACUGUUUUGACCGGAAUGCUCAUCGGACUUGGAGCGAUUGACUUCAGUUUCUGUUUGAAAGGGGAGGCUCUGGAUGGGAAGUCUGAGGCUGUUAUUGACUACACUCCAUAUCUGAAAUUUACUCAAAGUUAUGAUUAUCUUAGUGACGAUGAGGAUGGUCAGAGUGUGGACAGCAGUAACAGUGAUGAUAGUGUUGAGCAUCCAUACAUCCCUCUGGUCACUGAUGAGGAGAGCUGGAGGAACAAGUGCCGCAAGAUGGAGCAGAGGUUCAAGAUUGUCAAUGCGCAAAAGGGGUACCUUGAGGAACUGGUAAGGCUGCGGGAAUCUCAGCUGAAGAAUGUGGAGAUGGAGAAUAAGAAACUAACAGCUGGACUAGAAGAAUUGCAGCUGCAGAGCCAGAAAGAAAAGAGAGAACUGGAGAACAUCAUACUGGAGCUGCAGGAACAACUGACAAGUCUGAUUCCAGGAGAAUCACAUCCACUCUCUAAGGAUUUGUCAAUCCCUCUUGUUAACCAAUGGCCAUCACUGCAAAAGUACAACAACCAGGAGGACAGGAAACUGUACCACAGGGGUAAUUUCCCCAGCCCGGAGCCACAUAUAAGCCUAACCACAGAUUCUCAGAGGACGGAAAGGAGACAGAAUGGAAAAGCCUGGUGCACAGCAGAAAAAGACUACACUCCCUCUAUGUUAGGUCUGUGUGGUUCUCUGUCUUCUUUACCCAGCUGUAAGUCCCUGCCAAGCCUGAGGUCGACAGAGUGCCUGGUAAACAUCAGCGCAGAGCCCAGUCCUGCUCUAACCCCCAGCUAGGGACCACCAAAUGAGACCAAGCAGAGAGAAACUGCACUGUCAGCUAAGACAUCCUAAGAUAUUAUGGCUCGGCUACAGCCUGUGUAAUGCCUGUUACACUAAUUCUCAUGAAAGUAUCAUUGAUGAGAUAUAGCGAGACCUCUGUAGUUAUGAUAAGAGAUAUUUUCUCAGAUUUAUCCCGUCAGAGCUUUUCAAAUGCGGAUAUCUCUGAAUGUCUUUGCUGUUCAAACCUUUCUCCUGACUUGUUGUGAUAUCCAGUGAAGGCAAACUGUGGACUAUGCACUGACAGACUUGAGACCUGAAAGCAGUUUUCACUACAACUUCAUGCGUCAAAGCCCAACACAGCUUUCCCACAUUCUGUUGCCCUUUAAAAUCUCUUAUGGGAACAUACAUACUUACAGAACACAUAUAAACAAAACCAGAAAUUAACCAUGAAAAUGUGUGAAAGAAAGCAUAUUAUAGUUACAAAUUAGUAUUCUGACAUUGUCAUCACUUUUUUUUUUUUUUUAUUCUCACAUUUCAACCAUCUAAACAUCCCUCCUCUGCCAAACAACAUGCAAGAACUAAAAAGAUGAACAAGAAGAUGUGUAUGUCUUUACAGUCUGCUGUACAAUUACAGUGAUAAUAAAAUGAAAGACAUUUCUGGAAUAGCUGCCUUAUUCCUUUUUUCUUGCCUCUUGAAGUAAGUCUGAAGAUGGGAUCGCUCUGCACAUGAUGGCAGUAUAAUAUUGCUGAAUGACUGACAGUGAGUGAAGUAAACAUUGGACCAGUGUAUAUCUGCAUACUGUUGUAUUGUACUGUAUGCUUGACCUCUAUUUGGCAUCUGUUGUUGCAUCAUUACAAUAUGUCUGCAAUGUGUGGGCCACUGUCAUUUUCAGUAUAUUAGCAGCAGAUUUGAAACCUUGCAUUGAAUUUAAUCGCAUUGGCAUCAUAUAAAACUGAUAAGCUAGAUUUCCUCCCUCCAUUGUCAGUGUAAUUGAAAGUCUACUUGUUUGAGAAUGUAUGUGUUGUGUUAGACAGCUGUUCACCCUCAAUUAGUGUUAAAUUAGUUUUUUAAUUUAUUGCACAUUAUUUCUUUGUUUAAAAAGACAUUGGAAACUAUGCUGUUUGUCACUUAAAAUCGCAAUAAAACUGCCUCUUUUGUCCUAA